GGAGAAAGGUGCCCGUGAGAUCGAUACGAGGCCAGGGGCCUUUGGUGCGGCACCCAGUGGCCAGGGUUCUGGCUUCCGACAGAGGAACCUUUUCCUGCCGGUAGACUCGGCCAAGCUGGCCGGGCGCCGUGGCGGAGGUAUGCUGAGUGCUGCGAGAUCAUGGGAACCGCCAACCAUGCUGAGUUCGCAGCAGAGGCGUGCAACUGUGCGAGCCCAGACACUGGGAACAUGGAAGUCUUGGCCCGAUUUGGCACGGAGGAGCAGAAGAAGCAGUGGCUGGAGCCGCUGCUGGAUGCAAGGAUACGGUCCUGCUAU